UCUAGCGUUGAAGCACUAUUUGGAAUACUUUAAAUGAAGAUUCGUAAGCCAGAUUUUCUGAUCUUCUACUUGUUUUCGAAAGGUCCUUAAUUUUCCUGGCUAUUCCAGUUAUCUGGGGUGUCCAACAUUGCUUGAAUUUUUAUCCCCUUUUGAAGUAAUUUUUCCUGAUCUUUGUCAUUCAAACAAGGUGUCUGAAGAUUUAAUAUGUCUCGGGUUACAUCUUUCUUCCUGCUUUUGCCAUUGAUAGUGAGAAUAAUUGCUGAAUCCAAUGGCUGUGUAAUGAAACGUGAGACAACCAGGAGAAUAGGUGUCGUUAUUGACUACAGCUCUCGUGCCGGGAAGGAGCAGAGAAUAGCAAUGGAAAUGGCAAUCCAGUAUUUCCAUCGCUUAACUUGCUCAAAGCAGCUGGUUUUGCGCUUCAAAGAUUCUCAUGGAACCUCAGCUCAAGCGGCUUCUUCUGCAUUGGAGCUCAUUGGUAGUGAAAAAGUGCAAGCAAUGAUCGGAACAAUUAGACCACAAGAAGCAAUUCUAGCAUCUGAGAUCCAGAAGGCCACCAGGGAUUUGCCUAUUAUUAUAUCCCUAACUUCAUCACCUGCCACGGCAGCUACGUCAUUGCGCAACCAAUUACCAUUUUUCGUCCAAAUGGCUAAUGACAUCAACGUCAACAUACAAUGCAUUGCUGCCAUUGUUAAAAACUUCCGGUGGCGAAAAGUGACUGUAAUUUACGAAGAUAACAAUGAUUUUUCUACUGAUUCUGGACUCAUAUCUCUGCUCUCUGACUCACUUAGAGUUGUUGGUUCAGAGAUUGAACAUCAUCUAGCUUUCCCUCCUCUAUCGUCUCUCUCAUACCAAAAUGGUACCAUAGAAGGGCUCAAGAAACUGAGGAGCAAGAGCAACACGGUCUUCAUAGUAGUAAAAUCCUCUAUACAGUUUGCUGUCUUGCUUUUUGAGAAGGCUAAGCAAAUGGCUAUGAUGGAAAAAGGCUAUGUAUGGAUUGUCACAGAUGAAAUUGCAAGCCUUCUUGAUUCUGUUGAUUUUUCAGCUCUUUAUAACAUGCAAGGUAUACUUGGUUGCAGAACCAAUUUUAUUGACUCAAGCAAGUCCUUUAGACGGUUCAAAACAAAAUUCCGAAAGAACUAUGGGAUGAGAUACGCUGAAGAAGAAGAGUAUUCUAACCCAAGUAUUUUUGCUUUGCAAGCUUAUGAUGCAGCUUGGUCAAUUGCUCAAGGCAUGAAGAAAUCACAAGCAAAUGCCACAUCCAGAGAAUUAUUUAAACAACUAUUAUCAAGUAAUUUUGAAGGUUUAAGCGGAAGAAUAAGAUUCGAAAAUGCCUCAUUAUUGCAACAUGGAACCUUUCAGAUCAUUAAUGUGGUGGGUAAAAGUUACAGAGAGAUAGCGGUUUGGUCACCAGAGUUCGGAUUCAGAGAAAACUCUGAUAUACAUGAAGGAGAGAACUCUAGAUUUGGCAACAGGUCCAUGAAAGAAUUAGGCCCAAUAUAUUGGCCUGGCGGAUUACAAACUGUUCCAAAGGGAUGGACUUCCGGUGCAGAGGACAAGCCAAUGAAAAUUGGAGUUCCUGCUAGGGGAGCCUUUAAUCAGUUUGUGAGGGUGAAUUAUGAUCAAGACAAGAAUGGUUCAUACGUCACAGGAUUUUCUAUAGAAGUGUUCGAAGCAGUUGUUAAGCGCCUUCCUUAUCAUUUGCCUUACAUGUUUGUUCCCUUUUAUGGCUCAUAUGAUGAUAUGGUGGAAGAAGUCUAUAGCAAGGAAUUCGAUGCAGCAGUUGGAGAUACAGAAAUACUGGCAUAUCGGUAUCAGUAUGCAGAGUUUUCACAGCCAUAUGUUGAGUCAGGACUUAGUAUGGUAGUGACUGUAAAACCAGAUAAUUCAAAAGAACGGUGGAUUUUCAUGGAGACAUUUACAAGGAAAAUGUGGCUGAUAACUGUAGCGUUGCACAUUUUCAUAGGAUUAGUCAUUUGGCUAAUUGAACGUGAAGAAAACCCUGAUCUCAAGAGGUUUGGGGCUGUGCUUUGGUUCUCUAUCACCGUCAUAUUCUUUGCUCAAAGAGAACCACUAAGGAGUAGUUUAUCUCGAUUUGUGCUGGCACCAUGGUUGUUUGCAAUUCUAAUCAUAUCAGCAAGUUUCACGGCAAGUCUUACCUCCAUGUUGACAAUGUCACGCCUCCAACCAUCUGUUUCAGAUAUUAAAUCACUUCUGAGAACAAAUGCACAUGUUGGAUGUAAUGGGAAUUCAUUUAUUGUGAGGUAUUUGAUCACUGUCGUGGGUUUUAAGCCAGAGAACAUCAAGAAAAUUGAUUCCAUUGAUGACUAUCCGGAUGCCUUUAGGAAUGGAGAUAUUCAAGCAGCUUUCUUUGUUGUCCCUCAUGCAAAAUCCUUCCUUGCAAAGUACUGUAAAGGGUACACCAUGACAGGGCCUACCUUCAAGCUUGGUGGUUUUGGCUUUGUGUUUCCAAAAGGUUCUCCUCUGGCAUUUGACUUUUCGCAGGCAAUCCUCAAAGCAACAGAAAAUGGAGAAAUGCCGCAAUUGGAAGAAUACUUACUCUCCUCUUACAACUGUUCCUCUUUUACAGGCAUUAGCGAUAGCUCAAGUUUAGGUCCUCGCCCAUUCGCUGGCCUAUUUUUCAUAUCAGGUGGUAUCUCAGCCUUUGCUUUCCUAGUCACUGCUGUGCGUGUGGUCAGGAGGCACGACGAUUUCAUAAUGGCCAAGCUAAAUGGAAUCCGACGUAGGGGCAUUUACAUUUCUCACUGAAUCUUACCAAAAUGUCACAUUUGGGUUCUUCCAGGGAAAUCCUGUCCCGUGAACAAAUAGUCAAGGCAGUGUUUUGAUGACAUAGAUAGAACAAAAUCCAAUGAGUUUGAAAACAGAUUGUUUGCUUCUUGGAAAAUUCUUAAACA